AAUGCAUUAAAAACAUUACAAAAGGAUUGUCCAUUUAUUGCACUUGCACUAUAUAUAAAAAAGAUGGGAGUUGCACAAUCUUAUGUAAAACGAGGCAGAAUUUUACUGGAGUUUCAUGAAAGUGCUAUACAGAAGACACUAAACAAAACAAAUAAUGAACUUCAAAAAGUAAUACACGUAGACUGCAACACAAAUGCUUUUGACAUGAUGUUAAAAUUAAUUGAAAAAUUACCAAUUAACAGAAUAGUCAUAAACUGUAAUAAUGGUUGCCCUCAAAGAACCCGAGAAACGAAUUAUUAUUUUUUGGAUAACUUACUCUUUAAGGAAGCUUUAAGCGAAGUGGAAAUGCAAGAAGCAUUAACAGCUGACAGAGAUUGUAGCAGAAGAGGAUGCUUAGGACAAUCAGAAGUGCAAUAUGAUUCAAGUGGUCCAAUUAUCUUAAUUCAAUUAACGGACAUCAGGACAUUAACUCAUCUGGAUAACAUCCCGAUAAAAUUUUCUGAUGUACUUGGGACCUCUGAUUAUUAUUUACUGGUAGGAGUAAUCCGUUACAUUAACAAUGACCUUACCUCGACUAAUGGAUUAGGAAAACUGUCCAUGGGACACUACACAACAAUCUGUCGCAGAAAUAAUCUGUGGACCGAGUUUAAUGAUCUCAAUGCAGGAACGCAAAGAACUCUAACCAAAGAUGUGGACAAAAAAGUCAACAUAGAAUUUCUAAUAUACAUUAAAGUUGAAAAAACGUAUAAAUAAAAUCAAUUAAAACUGUAUCACCAUGCCUUUAUAUUUAGACUGUAAUUCUUUUCUACAUUAAUAAAGAGCACCAAAUUUGA